AUGGACUUUUCAAUCUGCGUCCUGAUAAUCGUCUUCCUGACCUACUUAUAUUGGACCAGACACUUCAACUAUUUCAAAAGUAGACAAAUAGCCUACAUUAAACCGACACCAUUCUUCGGGAACAUAAAAGGUGUGAUGACUUUCAAGAAAAACUUGGGAGUAGUCCUCAAGGAUAUCUAUGACCAGCUUGAAGGACCUCUCGUCGGAUUUUUCCUCAUGGAUAAGCCCGCUAUGAUUUUGAAGGAUUUGGAAGUAAUCAAACUGAUAUGGGUGACAGAGUUCAAUAAUUUCUCCGAUAGGACUCUGGCGCAGAGAAAAGGCGAUUUGGGGUCUGAUUUACUUCCAUUGAUGAGGAAUCCAGACUGGAGAGCUCACAGAAAACUGCUAACACCGGGAUAUAGCACUGGAAGGAUUAAGAAUAUGUAUAACAUCGUUAUUGAUAGUGGAGUGGAAUUGGUCAGGUAUAUAAAAAGAGUCACGGAAACUGGCACCAAUCUGAUAGACAUGCGUCACGUGGCUGCUCUGUACGGUGCAGAAGUUGUAACCUCAACGGCAUUUGGUUUAAAAGGAGAAUGCUUCAGGGAUGAAAACUCAGGUUUCAAGAAAGCUGGCGAAAGAAUCUUUGAUUUCAAUGAUCCCAAGCGAUCUUUAGAAGUCACCAGUUACCUCAUGUUCCAUCCUCUGGUUCAUAUCUUCAGAAUGAAAUUCGUCGAGGCGAAGUCAGAAAAGUUCCUGAAAGAUGAGUUUCUGAAAAUAGUGGACUACAGGAGGAAAAAUAAUAUCAGUGAACCUGAUUUCGUCGACAUUCUAAUGAAUUUGCGGAAGAAUAACAAGAGCGAUGAAGUAAUAAUGGAUGACGAAAAGAUGGUAGCAAUGGCUAUAACAUUCUUCAUAGCAGGAUUCGAGACAACUAGUGCGACAAUGUCGUUUGCUCUUUAUGAACUUGCCAAACAUCCUGAGCUCCAACAACGGGUACGUGAAGAGGCCACAUCAGUAUUUGAUAAAUAUCAAGCAAUACCUUUCGAAAUCAUCACUUCUGGUAUGGAAUAUACAGAACAAGUGAUGAAAGAAACGCUCAGGAAAUAUCCUCCAGCUCCCCAUUUGAGUAGGCGAUGUAAUAGGGAUUACAUGCUUCCGGGAACUAAUAUCCUCAUAGAAAAAGGAAUGGCAGUAUAUUUGCCUGUAUACGCAAUACAUAUGGAUCCCAGUAAUUAUUCAAACCCUACAGAAUUCAAUCCAGACAGAUUCUCUAAGGAAAAUUUGAAGCAGAUAAAACCUUGUUCAUGGCUACCUUUCAGUGUUGGACCUAGAAAUUGUUUAGGAGAGCGGUUCGCAAUAAUCAAUUUCAAAUCAGCUAUAGCUAAUAUAUUAUAUAAUUACGAAGUAGAAUUAGGAGAAGAUGGCUUGUACGAGAUGGAUUUUCAUCCUAGAUCUUUCACUACAGCCCCGAAAGGAAUGAAACUUCCCUUGAAAUUCAAGAGGAUUCAUCGCGAACACACGAAAUAUCCUGAGUAA